AUGCAUGCGCGCGCGCCCAUGUCCUCCUCCUCUGCUCUCCCCCUCCCCCUCCCCUUCUUCUUCUUGCACCUCCUCCUCCUCCUGUUUCCGCCAUGCUGCACCGGCUGCUCCCGCCACCUCCUCCUCCACGCCGGCGCCAACUCCUCCUCCUCCUCCUCUCUCGCGGACAUGCUCCAGGUCCAGGCCGGCGACGGCGCCAACGUCACCGACGGCCUCAGGCGCUACCUCGCGCGCUUCGGCUACGCCUCCGUCCCUGACGACGCCGACGGCCAGCUCGUGGUGAGGCUCUACCAGUCCACCCUCGGCCUCCCCGUCACCGGCCGCCUCGACAACCGCACCCUCGACCUCCUCGCCACCCCGCGCUGCGGCGUCCCGGACCUGCACCUCCAACCGAACGCCACCGCCCGCUUCGCCUUCUUCGAGGGCCAGCCGCGCUGGGCGCGCCAGCCGGGCCACUUCCUGCUCACCUACGCCGUCGUCUCCUCCUCGCCGCCCUACCAGCCGCUCCCCCUCCCGCGCAAGGCCGUGCGCAGGGCCUUCCGCCGCGCCUUCGCGCGCUGGGCGCGCGUCAUCCCGGUGCGGUUCCGCGAGACGCGCGACUACAACAUGGCGGACGUGCGCGUGGGGUUCCUCGCCGGCGACCACGGCGACGGCGAGCCCUUCGACGGGCCCCUCGGCGUGCUCGGCCACGCCUUCUCCCCGCCCAGCGGCCAGCUGCACCUCGACGCCGCCGAGCGCUGGGCCGUCGGAGACAUGGCCGACGCGGACGCCGGCGCCGUGGACCUCGAGUCGGUGGCCACGCACGAGAUCGGCCACGUUCUUGGCCUGGCGCACUCGUCCGUCCCGGACGCCAUCAUGUACCCGAGCCUCAAGCCGCGGACCAGGAAGACGGAGCUGACCCUGGACGACGUCCGCGGCGUGCAGGCGCUCUACGGCUCCAACCCGCGGUUCAGCCUCAGCUCCCUCUCAGAGCCCGACACCUCCUCCGCCUCCCCCGCGGCGGCCUACACCAAUACCAGGUCGCCCGGGAAGACGACGACGGCGACGGCCAUCCCGCUCCUAUUGCUCGUCGCCAUCACACUCCUCUGCUAG